AUGUACAUGAUCCAUGAUAUGGAGGUGGAGAGACCAAGAUCCAUAGGAGAAGAACUCACGACGCAUUUUUCACACCGGAAGAAGGAAACUGCGUUUGGGGCAGCGUUUGCGUUUGCGGCUAGAAAAGGGUCGGGGACAAAAGCAAGCGAGGCUUGUGGAGAAGAAGAGGAAGAGAGUUGUUUCGUACGGACAGUAGAGUUGGGUGUGUCGGAAAGUGAUUUGGUUUCAAGGAAAUUGUGUUGGCUCCGAUCUCAGAUCAUCGGCGGUGGCGGCGAUGUUACGUUCAAUUCGCCUUUCGGCCGGAGAAAAUUGGUCUACGCCGAUCACACUGCCUCCGGUCGCUGCCUCAGAUAUAUUGAAGAUUUUAUCAUUGAUCAUAUUCUUCCGUUUUAUGGGAAUACUCACACGUGUGACAAUUACGUGGGACAACGAACGACCAAAUUGGCCCACGAAGCUUCAAACUACAUAAAACGCUGCCUCGGCGGCACUGCCCGAGACGCGCUUAUCCUCUGCGGUUGCGGCGCGACCGCCGCCGUCAAACGCCUCCAAGAAACGAUGGGAAUCGCGGUUGCCUCCAUACAUCGCGACAAGCUUUUGCGUUGCGUUUCAGAUGAAGAGCGUUGGGCGGUUUUCGUGGGCCCACACGAGCACCACUCCAACCUCCUCUCGUGGCGGCAGAGCCUCGCCGAGGUCUUCGAAAUCGGGUUGGACAGCGACGGCGUUCUAGACAUCAAAUCGCUGAGAACGCAGCUAAGUGCGUUUAGGAAGAAAAACGCGUUCAGACCGCUGUUAGGGGCGUUUUCAGCGUGUAGUAACGUCACUGGCAUCUGUCCCGACACAAGAGGGAUCGCGAGAUUGGUUCACCGAUACGGAGGCUACGUCUGCUUCGAUUUUGCGGCAAGUGGACCGUACGCCAAAAUCGACAUGAGAUCGGGAGAGAGCGACGGAUACGACGCCGUAUUGAUGAGUCCACACAAAUUCUUAGGUGGACCAUCUUCACCUGGCCUCCUCCUCAUGAGCCAUAAACUCUAUCUCCUCGCAAGCUCUCCUCCUUCCACCUGCGGAGGCGGCACUGUCAACUACGUCAACGGCUUCGACGAACAGCUGACCUUGUACGUGGACGACGUAGAGGAGAGGGAAAUGGCCGGCACGCCACCGAUAAUUCAGACAAUAAGAGCCGCGUUGGCGUUCCGGGUGAAGGAGUAUGUCGGGUAUGAGGAGAUCGAGAGAAGGGAGAGCUUCCACAUUCAGACAGCUCUCGAGAGGCUGGUUCCGAACAAGAACAUCGAGGUUCUUGGAAACACAAGCGCCAAGAGACAAGCCAUAUUGUCGUUGCUGGUUAUACCGAGCGAGAAUGGUAAGCCUCUUCAUGGCCCUUUCGUGGCUACGCUCCUCAAUGACCUGUUCGGGAUUCAGGCCAGAGGCGGCUGCGCUUGUGCUGGACCUUACGGACACGUUCUUCUCGGUAUCGGGAACGACCACUCUCUGGAGCUAAGAUCUGCAAUCCAAAAGGGCUACAGUGGAGUGAAACCGGGAUGGACAAGAGUGAGUUUCCCUUAUUACAUGCCGAGAGAGGAGUUCGAGUUCAUACUUGCAUCAAUGGAGUUCGUAGCUGAGUACGGACACAGGUUUCUUCCUCUCUACCACUUCAAUUUCAGGACAGGCAACUGGAAAGUCGAAGCUGAAUCACUUGAGGAGCUUCCUGUGAAGAACAGUGUCACCGUCUCCGGGCACGGAGCCUACGAAUUCUACCUUCAAACUGCACAUCGAAUCGCCCGUCUUCUUCCCGAUGUCAUCCAUUCACAACGUCCCCUUCCCGACGGCAUAUCUCCUUCCCUGCUCGAUUUCAUCAUCUAGAUUGAUUGAAGGAUCCGGGUUUCCAAAAAUCUGUUUCCAUUCAUUUUUCUUCUUCUUCUUCUUCUUCUUACCGUUCAAAGCAUUGGUUACCAAAAACUCUUUCAUCUUUCAAGAAUCUCUCUCUCUCCCCUGCAGUUAGAAUGAAAAACAGUUGAAAGAAUGGAAAGAAUCAAUUUCUUCUCUCUUUUUUCUUACCCAAAAUUGGUUUCCAUUGUAUAU